GUUCAGCCUCUGUCCCUGGAGGAGCUGCUGGCGAAGAAGAAAGCUGCAGAGGUGGCCGAGUCGAAGCCCAAGUUCCUCUCGAAGGCCGAGCGGGAGGCCGAGGCCCUGCGGCGGCGCCAGCAAGAGGUGGACGAGCGCCGGCGGGCGCAGGACGAUGAGCGGAGGAAACAGAAACUCUUCCAGGAGAUGGGGAGGAAAAUGCUGGAGGACCCACAGGAACGGGAGAGGCGGGAGCGGAGGGAGAGAAUGGAACGUGAGAGCCAGGGGAACGACGAGGAGGGCGGCCGGCUGAAGAUGCGCGAGGAGAAGGACAAGACGAAGGAGCUGCAGGCCAUCAAGGAGCGUUACCUGGGGGGGGUGAAGAAGAGGAGGAGGACGAGGCAUCUCAACGACAGGAAGUUUGUGUUCGAAUGGGAUGCGUCAGAGGACACGUCGUUGGACUACAACCCUCUGUACAAGGAACGACACCACGUCCAGCUCCUGGGCCGAGGCUUCAUCGCAGGCAUCGACCUCAAGCAGCAGAAGCGGGAGCAGUCGCGCUUCUACGGAGACUUGAUGGAGAAGAGACGGACCCUGGAGGAGAAGGAGCAGGAGGAAGCCCGACUGCGCAAAGUGCGCAAGAAGGAGGCCAAGCAGAGGUGGGACGACAGGCACUGGUCGCAGAAGAAGCUGGACGAGAUGACCGAGAGGGACUGGCGGAUAUUCCGCGAGGACUACAGCAUCACCACCAAGGGCGGCCGGAUUCCCAACCCCAUCCGCUCCUGGAAGGACUCCAGCCUGCCGCUGCACAUCCAGGAGGUCAUCGACAAGUGCGGCUACAAG